AUGACUGUACUCCGCUUGAUUCUGGCGGUUACUUUAUUUCUCACUUGCUUCAUCUCUCUCUCACCAGCUUUCCAAUCCGACGAGCUUCUCCUCGACGACGAAGAAUUCGGACUUGAGGGUGGACGCCCUCAAUCCCGUUCAUCACCUAACACCGCCACCACCGCCACCACUAUACCCACUCGCAAGAGGAUUCCAGACACCGCUUCCGAUUCCAAGAUCCAGUUCACACUUGAACACGCUUUCGGAGAUUCUGAUUUCUUCGAAGCUGGUAACUUCUCCGCUCGCCUCAAAACAUGGAGUCACGGUGCACAGACACUGACGAAGCUGCGGUUUUCACGAGAUUCUUUCACUGACUACGGGAAGAAUAAAUUUCAAGAGCUGUUGAAAGGAGAUGAUUUCUAUAGGAUUAGACUGCCAUCCAAUGUUUUGAACCCUCCAGGCAGGGAAUAUAUUGUUUCUUCAGUGAAAGCUAGAUGUCUUACGGGGGAUGGUUUGGAGGAACACUUUGUAAUACACACGGAAGGUGUUAACAUCUUGGCUGUCAAUUAUGGUGCUCCUGGGGCUUGCCCUUAUCCCCGGCAGCUGAAGCUUCCUGCAAAGUGGUCUUUCAAGUCACACACGCUUUUGAAGAACACUGAACAGGCACCAAGAACACCAAUAUUUACAGAAGAGGUAUUUGGUGGAGAGGGGAUAGAAGGUGAAAUUGUACAGCCAAUAGAAAGAUCCUUUUGGGCUAAAUACUGGAUGUAUUUGAUCCCUCUCGGACUUGUUAUAAUGAAUGCCGUUACCCAAGCAGCGAAUAUGCCUGAGGAACAGGCUGCUGGGCAAGCUGGGGCACCACCACAGCAAGGAACUGCAGUACAGAGAGGAACAAAUUCUGGUGUGCGUAGAAGAUGA